UUCCUGCCCCUUGCCGUUCCCGGAUUCCCAAGUCGCUGGGCGCCUAUUCUGUCUAUAUAAGAGGCAGAUGAACCUCACUCCUGCCUGCUUCCAAAACACAAUCCACCAUGUCCACCACUCCCGAGCGCAAGACCAUUCUCAUCACCGGAGCCAACAGAGGUGUCGGCCUUGGAGUCGCCAAGGUAUACCUUGAGAAGGGGUGGCGAGUUGUCGCAGCCGUCAGGGACCCGAGCAAGAUGCCCAAGCUCGAGGGCGAGGUCGUCGUAGUUAAGAUCGACUCCGAGUCCACUACCGACCCUUUCGACGCUGUGGAAGAACUCAAGACCAAGCACAACAUCCACCGCCUCAACACCGUGUUCGCCAACGCCGGUGCAACUCCCACUCCUGCCUUGCUCGUCGACACUACCCCAGACCAGCUCGACUUUAUGCUCGCUACCAACGUCCGCGGGCCUCUCAUGCUCUUCAGAGCCGUGCGUCCACUGUUGACGGAUGACGACAAAUUCGUGGGGGCGGGUUCGGACCUGGGCAUCAUGACCGGCAACUUGUACAAGCCUUAUUUGGGGGUGUAUGGUACUACCAAGGCGGCUAUCACUUACCUCGUGAGCGGUGUCUGGGUUCAUCUAGAAGACUUGACUGAUGGUCACUGUAGAUGCGAGGGCUUCACCACGAGGAACCAAAGUUGAUGGUCUUCUCCCUCCACCCAGGCUUCCUUGACACUGACUUGGGAAAUGCUGGCGCUGCCAUGUCGGGCCUUGAUGCACCCCCCGAGAAGCUCUCUGUGGCUGCUCCUGCCAUCUAUGAGUUGUUCGAGAACGCCACGAAGGAAGAGACCUCUGAAUACAUGUGGAAGUAGUAAGUACAACCGAAGAUUCUACAUCGGGGCAUUCAAGUGUACUACAGCGGGGAGAUGAGCUGACGAGCGGUGGAUAGCGAUGGAACCAAGCUUCCUUUCUGAGCCCUUUGAGGGAUGUGGUAAGAGGAGGAGCCGAGCUGGGUUGAAUGAAAUGUCAAUUUGAUAGAAACAAGUUCGAGGAGGGCUUCGGGUCCAUAGCUACUGACAAGAUGAAUGUGGUAAAUAUG